AAAGUAUUUAUUUAUUUGCAUGUAUUAUUUUUUUAUCUUAAAAAACAAAUACGGUAUAUAUGUUAACUUUUAACUUAGCUUUGUAUUCCGGACACCAGCCGCAACUAGAAGCAGAUAUCAUCCGAAAACUGCCUGCUACAGGACAAGCCUGCUAUAAAAAUGGAAAAGUCAAUUCUUUACACCAGUCGUUUUCUAGAGUUUAAACCGAUUUCAUCAAGCGCCUCUACAUGAUAGUUUUUAUCACCAUAGGCUUUCUUGUAGCCUUUCGUGUUGCCACGCCAUUGACAAUUCCGAAGGAGGUCACAUUGUUCCCUGACAGCACUGAAAUUCGGAAGCAAAUAGCCCAGAUCAGUUGCGAUGGGUCCUACACGUUUAGCUUUCGAGCUUCAGAUGGAACUUUCCUAAUUGAACACAAGGAUGCCGACGGUUAUGUUACGGGAGAGUUCGGGUAUACAAAUCGAAGGGUAAAACUCUCAGACUACAUUUCACAGAUUAGUGCUGCAAGACGAUCGCUUGGCCUCCACAAUACUGGUAGGAAAGAGUGUGAAACUCAUGCAAACACAGACAAAGCAUUAAACACCCCAAAAUCUGGUGCUACCGCGAUUGCGGAGGAUGAAACGGUUGACAUUCAUGCAUCUUUUCUGCCUGGACCAGAAGAAAAGAAAACCAUUCUCCGCGAACGACCAAAGUUCUUCAAAUUUGGUGAAGCUAUCUUCCGUUCGGUUUCGACAACGUAUGGAUCUGAGAAAAGGUUACAAACGAAAUAGAUAAAUUUGUCCGUGGUCUCAAAAGAAACUAAAUAGAAGGCAAGACUUUUCCACUGAAACGUUUGUCGAAAUGUCAGACCUGGUUAUAUGUGGAACUUGAAACUCUGUAAUUUGAGAUGGAGCUCGCUUACGCGGAUACAUAAUUCAAGUAUUUUUGCAUGAA